CGGCGGGAGCUAGGCCGCGGCGCCGGCGCCCCGCCCCUCGGCGGCGGGCUAGGCUGAGACGGGAGGGUCCUCGCCGAGCGCCAGGAGCGGACCGAGGUGGUGGGACUCGCCGCGGCCGCGGAGACGUGAAGGCCGUCCGCCCGCCGCCGCCGCCGACCCGGACCCCGACCCGCCGGUGCCGCCCGCGCCCCUGCCCGCGCCCCUGCCCGCGCCCCGAUGGAGAAGACGGAGCUGAUCCAGAAGGCGAAGCUGGCCGAGCAGGCCGAGCGCUACGACGACAUGGCCACCUGCAUGAAGGCCGUGACGGAGCAGGGCGCCGAGCUGUCCAACGAGGAGCGCAACCUGCUGUCGGUGGCCUACAAGAACGUGGUGGGCGGCCGCCGCUCCGCCUGGCGGGUCAUCUCCAGCAUCGAGCAGAAGACGGACACGUCGGACAAGAAGCUGCAGCUCAUCAAGGACUACCGGGAGAAGGUGGAGUCGGAGCUGCGCUCCAUCUGCACCGCCGUGCUGGAAUUGUUGGAUAAGUAUUUAAUAGCCAACGCAACUAAUCCAGAGAGUAAGGUCUUCUACCUGAAGAUGAAGGGAGACUACUUCCGGUACCUUGCUGAGGUUGCCAGUGGUGAUGAUCGGAAACAAACGAUAGACAAUUCCCAAGGGGCUUACCAAGAGGCUUUCGACAUCAGCAAGAAGGAGAUGCAGCCCACACACCCCAUCCGCCUGGGGCUGGCUCUCAACUUCUCCGUGUUUUACUAUGAGAUCCUCAACAACCCCGAGCUCGCCUGCACGCUGGCCAAGACGGCUUUUGACGAGGCCAUUGCAGAACUCGAUACACUGAAUGAAGACUCGUACAAAGACAGCACCCUCAUCAUGCAGUUGCUUAGGGACAACCUCACAUUAUGGACGUCGGACAGCGCAGGAGAAGAAUGUGACGCGGCCGAAGGCGCCGAAAACUGACUGCCGACAGGGUGAUGUCCUCCUUCCCUCCAGAAACCUCUGUGCACAUCUCCAUUCCUUCCUCCAUGUGGAUUUCCCGGAGCAAAGAAACCACCAUGUGUAUGGAAUCAACGUUCCUAGUCUUUCACACGCAGCUGUGGGAAACUCCACUCCCUGAUUUGUUUGUCUUGGCCUUCCUGGUGUGCAGUUACUGCUGUAGAAAAGUAUUAAUAGCUCCAUUUCACAUAAACAAGUACUCCCAAACGCGUAUGUAGAGGACUAAAAAUGUAUUCGGUAUUUAAGUAAUCUGAACCAGUUCUGCAAGUGACUGUGUUUUGUAUUACUGUGAGGAUAUGAAAAUGUAGUUAAUUACAUUUAAAGAGUGUUUUACAUAACUUCUUAAUUCCUACAUUCCCUCCCUUACUCUUCGGGGGUUUCCUAUCCGUGAGCAAGUUUCCAUGUUCUUAAUGUAUUCCUUAGGGCGGGAAUCCGGAAGCAUCAGAUUGAAUGGGAAAGCGUUUGGUAAUUCUGGGCUGCGGGUCACAAACAGAAAUGCCUCCUGUGUCACAGGGUGGAGGUCUCGGUAGCUGUGACACCGGGAGUUUCCUUAUCCACUCAUUUGCUGCUGUUUCAGUUGACAACUUCCCUUCCUAAUAAAAACUCACUCACACCUUCUGCCUUUGUAGUUCUGGUGUUCACUUUACUAGGUAAUAAAGUAGCAUGAUGCUGCCAGAAUACAAGCGUUGCUUUUGGCAAAUUAAAGUGCAUGUCAUUUCUUAAUACCGUAGAAUGGGGAAAUAAAGUACACAAGUCCAAGUUUAAAAUUUUAGUACUUUUCCAUGCAAAUUUGUACACAUGUGAGAGGGUGUCCAGUGUGUCUAGCGAUUGUUAUUUAGAGAGUUGGACCACUAUUGUGUGUGGCUGAUCAUUGUAGUCCCAAAUAAGCCUUGUGAAAAUGUCAUGCCCUAUGUAACAGCAGAGAACCGUAAAAUAAAAUUGCAUUUUAUAAACCA